ACAAAGACUGAUUUCACUUCAGCAAAUUCCCAAACCCACCAAAAACAAAAAGCCGAUCGAUACCAACCGACACUCUUACUAACCGUUGCCCACCCCCUCCCACGGGCCUUGAAGUCAUCGUCACACCGACGGCGAGUAUACAUACGCAAUUGAAUACACACCUAUAUGCGUACGAAUUGAGUUGCAAUACCAUGGCGGCUGUGGUCUCGGAGCAGAUGGUGGACCCCGCCCCUACUUCCGCUCCUCCGAUUGCACAAUCCAUGGAUAAUCAUAAUUCUUCAAGACGUUUCUCCGCCGACUCGCCGGAAUCACUUGAUCCGUCGUUAGCUUCGUCGGCUCCCAGCUCUUCCACGCAGCUUGAUUCUCAGACUCAAUCGCCUUCAAGAGUUGAAGAAUAUCGGCAGCUGUUUCGCCUUCCACCUGAUGAAGUGCUUAUCCAAGAUUUCAAUUGUGCCUUGCAAGAGAAUUUUCUUCUUCAGGGUCAUAUGUACCUAUUUGUCCACUAUAUCUGCUUCUAUUCCAACCUAUUUGGUUUUGAGACAAAGAAAAUUAUUCCAUUUCAUGAAAUCACAUCUGUACGAAGAGCGAAAGCAGUAGCUGUUUUUCCAACUGCCAUAGAAAUAAUGGCAGGGGGCAAGAAGUACUUCUUCACCUCUUUUUUAUUCCGUGACGAAGCUUUUAAGCUUAUUAGUGAAGGUUGGCUGCAACAUGGCAAUGGGUCUAAGGAAAUUGCAGAGCAGCAGGAGCGAAAGUCUGAUGCAAGCAGUCAGGAGAGUGGCAGUUCUAUAGUUGAGGAAUCAGGUAUUUCCAAGCAGUACGUGGAUGCUUUGGAUGUCAUUAAGAGUGAUAAGAAUGGCCCUAUGUUAGAGGAAUCAAAACAUGUUGGUGAGGUUGAACCUGAAAUUAUCUCAACAUCUUCGGUCAUGGAAGUUCGGGAACAAGCGAAUGCAGAUGUUCUUCCCGCUGUUGAGUGUUCAUCAUCAGAAAAAUCUUCAGUUUGGAAGCCUGAGGAUAAUGAUGCACCUGGAGUUCCUGAAGGAUACACCAAAGUUGCCGAGUCAAAGUUUCCGAUACAGGUCGAGGAGUUCUUUAAUCUUUUCUUCUCUGAUGCUGGUGUGAAUUUUCAGGAGUCAUUUCAUAGAAAAUGUGGUGAUAAAGAGUUCAAGUGUACUCCAUGGCAUCGUCAUGAAAAAUUUGGGCACACCCGUGAUGUAUCAUUUCAACAUCCAAUUAAACUCUAUUUCGGUUCAAGAUUUGGGAGCUGUCAAGAGGUUCAGAAAUGUCGAGUCUACAGGGAUUGUCAUUUGAUUGUCGAUACCUCACAAGAGAUCAAUGAUGUACCAUAUGGGGACUACUUCACCGUGGAGGCACGCUGGGAUGUAGAGAAAGAUGGCAAUGAUUCCAGGCCUGGCUGCAUAUUGAGAGUUUACAUCAAUGUGGCUUUCUCAAAGAAAACCAUGUGGAAAGGGAAAAUAGUGCAGUCUACAUUAGAAGAGUGUCGAGAAGCUUAUGCAAUUUGGAUUGAACUUGCACAUGAAGUGUUAAAGCAGAGGAACCUGGAGAAGGAAGAAGGAGGUCAUUCAUCUAACAUGAUUUCAAAUGACCAAGUUCAACGGGAAAAGCUAGCGAGAAAUCAGCAAUUUGUGGAAUCCAAGGCAAUAGAUGUGGGAAUAUCACAAAUUACUCCGGAGGUGAAGGAUAUGAACCAGCGGGUGCACGCUCCUCCACAAGGAAAUGUCUCCGAUGCAUCAGUUGGAUCUCUGUUCAAAGAAACCUUUGCCAAAUUUUCGACGUCUUUCAAACAUCAGAACACUCCGUCCCUAUAUAUGGUCAUCACCAUUGCUAUAAUUCUUCUUCUGAUGCAGAUAAGCAUCCUCGUCUUAUUAAGUAGACCCCAGCGAAUCCACGUGAUCCCUCAGGCAGACUGCAUGAGCAGUGUGCGUGGAUUGACUGAAAAUCGGGGGGAAGCACUUGCCUCCCUGAAUAAGCAAAUUAAGUAUCUCAAGGAGGAGAUGUAUUUUGUCGAGACUAUGCUGGAGAAGCUGCAUAAUGAGCACACGCAGCUCCAGGGGAAAUUGAAGGACUUGGAGCUCUUCAGGAACCAAAGAAUCUGACAAAAGCGUUGUACAUGUAUAUGUUGAGACAUCCUCCUAUUCUUUGGUAAACGUACGUUGAUAUUGUAAAUACCCAAAGGAAGGGGCCGUGCCACCAUUAGGUAAAAAGUAUCAGCACCAACGACUUCUGAUGCUGUGGAUCUGGUCGAAAAUGACUGUGUUUGUCAUUUGUUGAUCUAAAUAUGUAUGCUAUGUAAGACGGACGGAUUUCCUCCGGUAUUGUGUGAAG